AUGACUGUGCCAUACAUUUUCUUGGAUUCCAUUAAAAACAAUAGAAUAGUCAGAUUUUUCUUCAGUCUUCUUGCGUUAUUUCUAUAUUGUGAAUAUUUUCACUAUUACGUGGUAUUACUACAGUGCACUUGGCCUCAAUUAGACCCGUCUGUGGAAAAACCUGAUAAACCAUUGAAAGUAAUGUUGUUAGGGGAUACCCAUUUAUUAGGAUUUAGAAAUGGUCACUGGUGGGAUAAAUUAAGAAGAGAAUGGCAGAUGCAGAGAGCAUUCCAAACCACUAUGUCGUUACAUAAACCUGACAUGGUUUUUGUUCUGGGUGAUUUAUUAGAUGAGGGGAAGUGGUGUCUGGAAUCAGAAUUUAGAUACCAUGUGGAAAGAUUUUAUAAAAUGUUCAGUGUACACAGUAAGACAGAACUACAUCUAGUAGCUGGUAAUCAUGAUAUGGGAUUUCAUUAUAUGAUAUCAAGGGAAAGAAAGGAUAGGUUUGAGAAAGUAUUUAAUACUACUGGCGUGAAGCUGAUAGAAAAACAUGGCAAUAUGUUUGUGGUUGUUAAUAGUAUGGCGUUUGAAGGAGAUUACUGUACAAUGUGCCAGGAGGCCAGGAGACAACUACAACAGAUUAAAAACCAAUUAGAUAACUCUCAGAAAAAAUGUCAAAAAGAUGAUAGUAAUUGUGAAAAGGACAAAAAGAGUAAAUAUGUUCAACCAAUACUUCUACAGCAUUUCCCACUGUACAGAACUUCUGAUAAAAAAUGUAAUUUAAAAGAUUCAGCCCCAGAAAAAGAGAAAAAUAUAUUAUUUCUUGAGAAGCAAGAUUGUUUAUCUAAGGAGGCAUCAGAUUUGUUAUUAAAUUGGUUGAAACCUAGAUUAGUUGUUGGAGCUCACACUCACCAUGGUUGUUAUACAGUACAUCGAAAAAAUAUUCCAGAAUGGACAGUGUCGUCUUUCAGUUGGAGAAAUACAAAUAAUCCAACAUUUUUAAUGGCUACAAUCACCCCAGAAAAAUUUGAAAUCAACCAAUGUUUUAUGCCAGAAGAAAACACAGUUAUCUAUAUGUAUAUCAUUGGUUCUAUUUUAGCAGUUUUAACAUUGUUCAUUAAACGAAAAGUAAAAUUUAACACUGGGAAAACGCUAUGAGUUUCUGCCGAGAAAGGGCCACACUUGUCAAGCAGAGCUUACAGCACCAGGCAUUUAUGAUCUCAAUGAAAAGAAAUUUUAAACUGGGUUGGGCAAAGCUGGGACCAAUUGGGAUAUAGUCAUUAGUCAUCUAAAUAAUUGCUCAAUUAAAAGCUUAAAGUCAUCUAAAUAUUCAUUGUCUCUUCUCAGAUUAGAUGCUAAAAAAAAUAUAUAAUUUGAGUUGUGGUUUGUCUGCGAUUAAAUGAUACAUAGGAAAGAAGGGGUAAUACUCUAAAUUCACUCCAUGUUUCCUGUACAGGAAGUUGACAAUUGAAGGAUUUCGCAGACCCAAUCAAGUGUUGUAAUUGCUCAAAAAUUGACUAAGUCAAACUGUCCUUAUUUUCAAAAUGUUUCAUUUAUUGGUCAAAUAUCCAGCAGGAGAUUUUCAUGUCUGUAAUAUUGUAUAAUUGUUAAUUUUUUUUAAAUUUUAUUGUUAAAUAUUUUGAUAAAGACUAUUUUUAAGUUUU